AUGCAAUUCACUCUCUUCACCGUUCUUUCCCUCGUCGCCGUUGCCCUCGCUGGCCCAAUCCGUCUUGAUGCUCGUGCACCACAAGUCGCUUCCGAGGCCGCUGCCAUGACCAACUCAGCCGGAGAGGUCGUUGCCUUCGACUCUACCUCUGUUGUCCAGCCAGCCACUGCCGCCGGUGCCUAA